UCGGUCUGGGAGCCACGCACGGGUUGAGUUCAGCCGCAGCCCUGGGCAUCUCUGGGGACCCCUGCGGAGCUUCUGUUCCUCUGUCACCGCCUGACUGGGAGCUACUGGUACGGACCACCGCAGGACCUUGUCCUCUAUUGCUCAAGGAUAGAAUGAAAGCAUGUGUCAUCUAUCAAGAAUCAAAACUUGGUCUUUCUUGAGCUUGGAUGCUGCCAAAGGACACGAUUCAAUGCAGACUGUAUAGCAGCUUUCAUUGACUUUAAGAUCUCCGCAGAGGCCCUGGGGUGGUGUGAGCGCAUGGAGGUCGACCGGAGGAGGCCGUCCGUCCUGGUAGGCCCGUUUUGAGAUCAAUGGUCAUCACUCCGAGUCCAAAAUUGUCUGCAGCCCCCGUUUGUCUGCAACUCUACGUUGACAACAGAGCCCAGGUCUCCCAUUCAGGGCCCCGGACCCACAGGAAGAGAGGGGGAGGAAAUAAAUGCAGGGGAGAUAAAGACACUUCAUGAAUUCCACGAAACCUCGAAAGACGAACAGAGCGAGUUGGCCGGCAGUCGUAAGUAGAGGAGUCAUGGGGACAAUAAGCAUAGACCAGCUCUGUCUCCCGGCCUUCACCAUCCUACUGGUCUAUGCCUUGGUCCAAGCUGCUGCCACCGAGGACGAUGUCACUCCAAGACUCAGCUUCACUUACAAUGCUAAAGAGAGGUCAGCCAAAAUGUUCUCAGUGGAUGGUGUCUUCAAUUACACCUCUCUGCUCCUCAGUAAAGAAGAUAACAUGCUCUAUGUUGGGGCACGAGAAGAGCUUUUUGCUCUCAACCUCUCAGAUAUCAGCAGUGUCAAGCUACAAAGGAAUCUUACCUGGAGCACUCCUAAGAGGAAGAGAGAUGAGUGCAGUUUCAAAGGCAAAGACUUACAGACUGAUUGCUUCAAUUACAUCAAGAUAUUACUGCGUGUGAACAGUACACAUUUAUAUGUGUGUGGGACGUACGCCUUCAGUCCCAUCUGUGCAUACAUAAACACAGCCGACUUUACCCUGGUGAGGACGCAGACUGGGGAGAUUGUGACAGAAGACGGACGCAGUCGUUGCCCGUUCAACCCUGAGUACAAGUCCACCGCCAUUAUCUGUGAUGGAGAGCUGUAUGCUGGUACAACCAGUAAUUUCCAAGGAAAUGAACCCAUCAUUUACAAGAGCCUUGGCCAAGGUGCUGCCUUAAAAACAGAAAACUCCUUGAAUUGGCUGCAAGACCCAACUUUUGUGGGCUCUGCCUACAUCCAGGAAAGCCUGCCCAAAGGCAACCCAGUGGGAGAUGACGAUAAGAUUUACUUCUUCUUCAGCGAAGCGGGAAAGGAGUUUGAUUUCUUUGACAACACCAUUGUGUCCCGCAUCGCUCGCGUGUGUAAGGGCGACAAAGGCGGAGAGAGGGUGCUGCAGAAGAAAUGGACCACCUUCCUGAAAGCCCAGCUCCUGUGUUCGCUUCCUGAUGAUGGCUUCCCCUUCAACAUCAUCCAGGACAUGUUUGUGUUGACGCCCAGCCCAGAAGACUGGAGGAGCACUGUGUUCUAUGGGGUCUUCACCUCACAGUGGUAUAAAGGGGCCUCUGGCAGCUCAGCGGUGUGUGCCUUCACCAUGGACCAGGUGAACGGGGCCUUCAAUGGCCGUUACCGGGAGGUCAACCGGGAGAACCAGCAGUGGUACGCCUACAACCACCCGAUCCCAGAUCCACGGCCGGGAGCGUGCAUCACUAAUUCGGCUCGGGACCAAGGCAUCCCCUCCUCUCUGCACAUGCCUGACAAGGUACUGAACUUUGUCAAGGACCACUUCCUGAUGGACACCGUGAUCCGCAGCCAGCCCCUCCUGCUGAAACGCAGCGUCCGCUACACGCAGAUAGCUGUCCACAGGGUCCAGGCCCUCCACAAGCACCACAACGUCCUCUUUAUCGGAACAGAUGACGGGAGGCUUCACAAAGCCAUCAACAUCAAUAACAAAAUGCACAUCAUUGAGGAGAUGGUACUUUUCACGGACCUGCAGCCUGUCCAACACAUUGAACUGGACUCUGAGAAGGGCCUGCUGUUUGUAUCCUCUUACUCUGGCCUGGUAGAGGUCGCUGUGGCUAACUGCUCCAACUACCAGAGCUGUGGAGAGUGUAUCCUGUCCAGGGACCCUUACUGUGCCUGGGCAGGGAAGCAGUGCCUGGAUGUCAGACUGAAUUCACCAGAAAUCCACUGGCAGCAGGACGUGGACGAGGCAGACACUUCCGGUAUCUGCGACAAGACACAACCCAUCCCUCGGUUCUCUAAAUCCCCACCAACAUCGUUAUCUUUGUGCCAGUUGAUAAUGAUACCGGCCAAUACGUUCAAAGUGCUACCCUGUAAGCUGCGCUCCAACCUGGCGGAAAGGAGGUGGGAGUACAGUGAGGGCGCAAGUCACUUUCUGUACCCAGGCCCAGAUGGAGGACUGGUGGUGGUGGCCCAGGCUGACAGGCAGGAGACAUAUGAGUGCUGGUCAGUGGAGGAGGGCUUCAGGCAGCUGCUGGCCAACUACUGCGUGAAGGGGGAAGCCAGGCAGGAGAGCACCACCUUGAACGGCCGCUCACGUACCCCUCUGGUUCCAAAGGAAGAGACGAUUAUCCUCCCGGGAGAGACGCGGUCGCCGCAGGUCAACACCAAGACCUACUGGAACGAGCUCAUUGUGGUGUGUGCAUUGCUGGGGUUCUCCCUGGUGGUCUUCUCCUUGUUUGUGGUGUACAGGAACCGUGAGCGCAUGAAGUCCAUGCUGAAGGAGGGGGAGUGUCCCAACAUUCAGCCGAAAAAGCCCAGAAUAGUGGGCAAGCCGACAGAAAACUUGCCUCUGAAUGGCAACAGUGCAGUUCCAGCAUCUGUGUCGGACCACAAGGGUUAUCAGGCCCUCAAUGACAACUACAUCUGCAGCACGUCCCCACAUGAAUGUUCAUCGCCGGAAAAUAGCAAGAGCUUCUCAGAGUCGGAGAAGAGGCCUCUGAACUUAAAGGAGAGCACAGUAGAGAUUUCCCCCACAUGCCCGCGGCCCCGGGUGAGACUGGGCUCCGAGAUUAAAGACUCCAUUGUGUGAGGACAACUGUAGGUGAUUUGAAGCACAAGAUGGUACCGCGAACAUUGAGUGACUAACUUUAACUGUAAAGAAAAAGAGACGUGGUGGAAGAAAGACUAAAAAGGAGGGUACACUGGGAAUUCUUCACAGGGGUGGGGCGUCUCAUUACGCCGAUGUUGCACUUUUAUCUUUUUCAUGUAGUUUCUGUAGUCGACUCUCAUUUCCUUGUUAUACAAACUGCCAUCAGACUAUUACAACUGCGCGGUGAUGCUCUCGGUGGGCAUUGGGCACGUCGUGGAUGCUGUCCUUAAAACAGUCGUCGUGGUUUUGUCACAUUUGUGGCACUUAAUCCGUCCAAAUGAUGUUGUCAUUAUAUUGAAAAGCAGAGUGUUGCCGUCGGUUCACCACUGACCAACUACUCUCACAUCUACAUCAACCGUUAGCAUGGGCUUAUCCCUUCACUGAUCCCUUCACUGACACAAUAAAUACUCGAUAACAACCUCUACCACAGAUCACAGAAUAGUAGAGUAGGCUUUUUUCUGAGGACCUUUUAUACUAGUGCUCAAAUACAGUUUAAUACUGUGGCUGGUCUUCAUCUCCACAUAACCGAGCAGACAUUAGAAUGAAACCUACAGGCCAAAAGACACGCUGGCCAUCCCAGAGAGACAAGGAGAGGAACCGAUGAGGAAGGAUGGAAAGAGGGAGGGACCACCUGGAAUGAGCUGAGUGGAAAAGACCACGCUAGAGAAUAGCAUACUGUACAUUUAAGAACAGAAAGGUAUUGUCUUCUAGACCCUCUGCUCUGCUUUAUGAGGACAUUACAGGAUUAAGUACGGACUCAGUGAUUCAUGUCUUGUUAAGGAUGAUGGAGAGUGGGCAAAUCGAAUGGAGAGUUGCACAGAUAGGAUUCGUACGCCUCAAGGUUUUGGAAGAUACUGUAUGGUGCCUAAGUUAUGUGUACGAUUGAAAUUCACAGGGUUGAAUUCUACCCCUGAAAUGACAAAAGACCCUAGACCGGGUAUUACCAUAUUGUUCAUUAUGGAGCAGACAGACUAUGCAAUGCACAUAAUGUGAUGUGGGCAGAAAUGUCACACCAAAAGAGAAUCUCACCUUGAGACUGUGCAAGCACAAAGGUGUCAACACAAUCUGGAUUACUGAGAAUCAGAGGCAUUAUACUUAAAUAGAAUUACGUAUGCAAGUGAUCGUGAGCCAUUUCUGUGUCUAAGGCUGGGGAAGAGAAAGAGACUCUAUGCCUGGAGUCGUUUUAGCUUUGCUGGGGUCCUGGUGAUAUGUAAGAUAGUGCCAGUUGGGUACUGAUUCCUUCAGUCCAAAUGUGUAUCACUUCCGGCAUCAAGUUGGGCAGUGAAACCCGUUGAAUCAGUUGCUUUGAAGGCCCUGCCCUGGCCCUGUCAUUCAGAAGCCAGUGAACAGCAGUGGUUACUAAAACAGCUGGAGUGUCAGAACACAAUAUAGUGUCAGCCUGCAGAACUCUUGGUUACGUUGAUUGGGACACAGAAGAUACUGCGUUGUUUUUGUGUAUUUUUAUUGAUCCCCAGUCCUGGUGAGUGGGGGGUGGGGGCAGUUUAACUUCCUUGAUUUAUGUAAACAAAGUCAUUAUUUUGUGCCAAAAAACAUUUCUUAGAAGGUUUCUUUCCUAAGAAACACAACCGUAAUGGCAAAUAAAUGCGCUAUGUUUAUUGGGCCUGACUGAUUCACCAUCAAGGAAUAAAUGCUUAAGUCAUUCACAGUGUAACCAUUGAGUGCAUAUGAAUUCGGCCAUAUGCACCACCAUUGCCACUGGUUCAGUGACAUUAACGACUGUAAACUGGGCUUUACUAACAUGGAGCCAAGGCAAACACAACAAUUGUGAACUAGUGUUUUGGAACUUUUUUUUUUU